CCCCCCCCCCACCAUGACCACCAACCCCGCUGUUACUCCCAAGGAGGAGGAUCUGGCCACGGCUAUCCUCCGGAAAAAGAGCGCCCCCAACCGCCUGAUCGUCGAUGAGACCGUCAAGGAUGACAACUCCAUCAUCAUCCUCAACCCCCAGACCAUCGAGGAGCUGGAGCUCUUCAAUGGCGACACCAUCCUCGUCCGCGGCAAGAAGCGCCGCGACACGGCACUCGUUGUCAUGGGCGAUGAGAACUGCGAGGUCGGCAAGUGCCGCAUCAACAAGGUUGUCCGCUCCAACCUGCGCGUUCGCCUGUCCGACAUCAUCUCCAUCCACCCCUUCACCGAUGGGAUCGAGUACGCCACCAAGGUCCACAUUUUGCCGAUCGAGGACACCAUUCAGGGUGUCACCGGCAACCUGUUCGACACCUUCCUGCGUCCGUACUUCGAUGGUGCCUACCGCCCCGUGCGCAAGGGUGAUCUGUUCCUCGUGCGCGCCGCCAUGCGCGCGGUCGAGUUCAAGAUUGUCGACUGCGAGCCGGCUCCCUACUGCAUCAUCAAUGAGUCCACCGAGAUCUUCUGCGAGGGCGAGCCCAUCAAGCGCGAGGAAGAGGAGGCCAACCUCAAUGACAUUGGCUACGAUGAUGUCGGUGGCUGCCGCAAGCAGAUGGCCCAGAUCCGCGAGCUGGUGGAGCUCCCCCUGCGCCACCCGCAGCUUUUCAAGGCCAUCGGCAUCAAGCCCCCUCGUGGUAUCCUCCUGUACGGCCCUCCGGGUACCGGUAAGACUCUGAUUGCCCGUGCGGUGGCCAAUGAGACGGGUGCCUUCCUGCUGGUGAUCAACGGCCCGGAGAUCAUGUCCAAGAUGGCCGGCGAGUCGGAGUCCAACUUGCGCCGGGCCUUCGAGGAGGCCGAGAAGAAUGCCCCGGCCAUCAUCUUCAUCGAUGAGAUCGACUCGAUUGCGCCCAAGCGCGACAAGGCCGGCGGCGAGGUCGAGCGCCGUGUGGUGUCGCAGCUGCUGACCCUCAUGGAUGGCCUGAAGCCGCGGUCCAAUGUGGUGGUCAUGGCCGCCACCAACCGGCCGAACUCCAUCGAUGCGGCCCUGCGGCGCUUCGGGCGCUUCGAUCGCGAGGUGGACAUCGGCAUCCCGGAUGCCACUGGUCGCCUGGAGAUCCUGAACAUCCACACCAAGAACAUGAAGCUCAGUGACGAUGUGGAUCUGGUGAAGAUCUCCUCCGACACCCAUGGGUUUGUCGGUGCGGACUUGGCGCAGCUCUGCUCGGAGGCGGCCAUGCAGCAGAUCCGCGAGAAGAUGGAGCUCAUCGACCUGGAGGAGGACACCAUCGAUGCCGAGGUGCUGGCCAUGCUGGCUGUCAGCAUGGACAACUUCCGCCAUGCGCUGACUUCCACCAACCCGUCGGCCCUUCGUGAGAUGGUCAUCGAGGUGCCGAAUGUGUCUUGGGAUGACAUCGGCGGCUUGGAGAUGGUCAAGCGCGAGCUCCAGGAGACCGUGCAGUACCCGGUCGAGCAUCCGGAGAAGUUCACCAAGUUCGGCAUGAACCCCUCCAAGGGUGUCCUCUUCUAUGGGCCGCCCGGUACGGGUAAGACCCUGCUGGCCAAGGCCAUUGCCAAUGAGUGCCAGGCCAACUUCAUUUCCAUCAAGGGCCCGGAGCUGCUGACCAUGUGGUUCGGCGAGUCCGAGGCCAAUGUGCGGGAUGUCUUUGACAAGGCCCGCGCGGCGGCUCCGUGUGUGCUCUUCUUCGACGAGUUGGAUUCCAUCGCCAAGGCGCGUGGCACGUCGGCCGGGGACUCCGGCGCUUCGGAUCGUGUGCUGAACCAGAUGCUGACCGAGAUGGAUGGCAUGGGUGCCAAGAAGAAUGUCUUCAUCAUUGGCGCCACCAACCGUCCGGACACCAUCGACCCGGCGCUCAUGCGCCCCGGGCGCCUGGACCAGCUGAUUUACAUCCCCCUGCCGGAUGACGAGUCGCGCAAGCAGAUCUUCCGCGCGGCCCUGCGCAAGUCGCCGGUGGCUCCGGAUGUGGAUGUGUCGGUGCUGGCGGCCGCGACGCGCGGUUUCUCCGGUGCCGAUAUCACGGAAAUCUGCCAGCGUGCUUGUAAGUUCGCCAUUCGCGAGUCGAUCGAGCGUGACCGGAGCGUGUGGCUGGAGCGUCGCCGUCGGGAGGCCGAGGGUGGCAAUGCCAGCGGCGAUGAUGCCAUGGCCGUGGAUGCGGACAGCGUGGCGGCCAUGACCGCCGAGGAGGGCUACGAGGACCCGGUGCCGGAGAUUCGUCGUGACCACUUUGAGGAGGCCAUGCGCUUUGCGCGCCGGUCGGUGUCCGAUGCGGACAUCCGCCGCUAUGAGAUGUUCUCCCAGACGCUGCAGCAGUCUCGCGGCAUCGGUGCUGGCGGUGGUGGCACCGGGGAGUUCCGCUUCCCGACGGGCUCGGCCGCGGCCGGUGCCGGUGCGUCGUCCGGUGGGGCCUCGGCCGCGGCGGCUCCUGCCGCUUCGGCGGGUGGCGCCCCGGCUGCCGGGUCAUCCGCCGGCCACCUGGAUCCGGGUGUUGAUGAUCUCUACAGCUCUUAAGAGCCGGUGUGUGUGUGUGUGUGCGCGCGC